CGGGCCGGGGGGCGGGGGCGGGAUGCGUCCGCUGGCCCGGGCCGGCGUGUAGAGCGGGCGGGUCCCCGGCCUCGGGAGCGCGGCGAAGGCGGCGAAGGCGGCCAUGGCGACCCCCAGCAACCUGGUGCCCUCCGUCCUGGCCAGCAAGACCAAGACCAAGAAGAAGCAUUUCGUAGCGCAGAAAGUGAAGCUGUUCCGGGCGAGCGACCCUCUCCUCAGCGUCCUCAUGUGGGGGGUCAACCACUCGAUCAAUGAACUGAGCCAUGUUCAGAUCCCUGUUAUGUUGAUGCCGGAUGAUUUCAAAGCCUAUUCAAAGAUAAAGGUGGACAAUCACCUUUUUAACAAAGAAAAUAUGCCAAGUCAUUUCAAAUUUAAAGAAUAUUGCCCCAUGGUUUUCCGCAAUCUCAGAGAAAGAUUUGGAAUUGAUGAUCAGGAUUUUCAGAAUUCUUUGACGAGGAGCGCCCCAUUGCCCAACGACUCCCAAGCCCGCAGCGGUGCUCGCUUCCACAUCUCGUACGACAAGCGAUACAUCAUCAAAACCAUCACCAGCGAAGACGUGGCUGAGAUGCACAACAUCCUCAAGAAGUAUCACCAGUACAUAGUGGAGUGCCACGGAAUUACCCUCCUGCCUCAGUUUUUGGGCAUGUAUCGGCUGAAUGUAGAUGGAGUUGAAAUAUACGCGAUUGUGACCAGAAACGUGUUCAGUCACCGCUUAUCUGUUUACAGGAAAUACGAUUUAAAGGGCUCUACCGUGGCGAGAGAAGCUAGUUACAAAGAAAAGGCCAAAGAGCUGCCGACUUUAAAGGAUAAUGAUUUCAUCAAUGACGGCCAAAAGAUUUAUAUCGAUGACAACAACAAAAAGAUAUUCCUUGAAAAGCUUAAAAAGGAUGUUGAGUUCCUUGCCCAGCUGAAGCUCAUGGACUACAGCUUGUUGGUUGGAAUUCACGACGUUGAGAGAGCUGAGCAGGAAGAAGUCGAGUGUGAAGAGAAUGACGGCGAAGAUGAAGGGGAGAGCGAUGGGGCCCACCCGGUCGGAACCCCUCCAGACAGCCCCGGAAAUACGCUGAACAACACCCCACCCUUGGCACCUGGGGAAUUCGAUCCGAACAUUGACGUGUAUGGGAUUAAGUGCCACGAAAACGCACCCAGGAAGGAAGUAUACUUCAUGGCCAUUAUCGACAUUCUCACUCACUAUGAUGCGAAAAAGAAAGCUGCACACGCUGCCAAAACUGUUAAACACGGCGCCGGCGCAGAAAUCUCAACCGUGAAUCCAGAACAGUAUUCCAAGCGCUUUUUGGACUUUAUCAGCCACAUUUUGCCCUCCCAUGCCGCAUAGGAUACACCGGCGCCGUGGACGCAGCAGCAUAGGAAAACAAGAAAUGGAACUCAGUGACAUGCACGUCUUUGCAGAAAGCAAACCUCCUUGUUUACAUCUUCUGGCCAAGAUGACUGAUUUGGGGGCUACUCGCUUGAUCAGCUUCCUGAUAUUCCCAGCAUAGUUCUAGCUACUUCUGACUCUUUUGUGUGUGCGCGCAAAAAAAAAAAAAUUAAAUAAAAUAGAUCAGCUUAUCUCAGCGUGUUGCGAUAGCAAUGCUCUGACAUAACUAGCUGUGGUGGAACGAGUGUGUGUGUGGGUGGGUGUGUUUGUGUGUGGGUGUGUGUGGUGUGUGUAGUGAAACAGAUGCACGUCACACUGAUGACGUUGGCAUCAGAUUGUAAACUGUGGAUCAGUUUAUCUUUUGAGUUGGGAAACCCGAGACAGUAUUCAUCAUCAUCAUCAUCAUUUUUUUUUUAUAUAAAAAAAAAGAAAACUCCCUGCAAAUGUAUCCCUGCCCCCUGCACGCUGGCCUUCCUCAAUAAGUGUAACUUUUAACCCCUUGGUGUCGGACAGGUGAUCAGAUUCCUCCGUGUUUGUGCCACCACAGUGUUUUGCCUCAGCGCCUCGUGUCAGGAUAUUCAGACCUCCAGGUCGGAGUUCACGCCCCCGUCCUAGCCCCAGGCCGGCUCCCCACCCCAGUCACCACCGGCUGUCUCCGUGUUUUCACCUCGGGAGCCGCCCUCUCACGGAAAAAAAUCUGCUCGUUUCUCUUUUGUUGCCUGGAGCCUCUUCGUUGUUCCACUUCUAGCCCUGCCAAAUAGGAACUAAUAAUGCUUCAAGGGAAAAUAGCUUAUCUGAAACAGGCGGAGUUGUGGGCGAGAGGAGCUGCAAGAUACCUUCUACUUUGGGAAAAGCGAGCACGGAGAGAAAAAUCUCAGUAUCUCCGUGACCGAAUGAAAAUCCAAAUGGAAAAUGCUUCUGCUGUACCGUUGAUUUCACAGUGGUAUUUUAAUCAUGAAUUCUUUCACAGGCACCCUCGAUCUUACUGUUUACAUUAUUAGGAAAACAGGGAUACUUUUGAAUCUAAAAUUUUGUGUACAGUUUGCGAUUUUUGAAGUUUACAUGUAAAGUUAUUUUGCAGUAUGGACGAAACAAUGUGUAUCAUCUCUCGAGGUGUAUCACGCAGUCACGUGUUAGUGGGAAUGUUUUAUUCCAAGCCCACCGUAGUCCGUCUUUUCUGAUAAACUGAAGGUUGUUCGGCUUUGUUUCCUCCAGAUGUUCUUUAUCAAGGUAGCCCGUUUUCCGUGUUGAACCCAGACCUGGUUGAAUAAAUCCAUUGCCUAAAACUGUGCUGAUUGCGUUUAACCUGUGGAAAAGUUGUAGACCUUAAAUCAUGACCUUUGCUGCAUUUUCUUUAUGGCACCAAACUCAGAAGAACUUGAUCUGCUUACAGGAUAUCUGUCAUGUCUCCACCACUGUGCUGAAGCUGUGCCUUGAUGAUUCUUUGUGUAAACCAUGAGAUGAUUUUUGUAGGCCCUGUUACAAACCUCCCCAGCCUCCACCAGUAACUUAUAACCUAAACAGACGCAGAGUGCCAGGGUGCCUUUUUUCCAAUAACUAAAUGUCAGCGCUGUUAAGACUGCAACGGUGCAUAAUGUAUGUCGUGUUUGAUUUCAGAGAAACACUGAAAAUGGCAACAAAUCACAGUAUCUUCAAGGGCCAAAGGCAGUUUCACCCCAUUGCUCUGUACUGAUUUGGACCUAGCCGUGCUACUCUUCCCAUGUAAUGUUAACAGCGCUACAGUGUAGAUGUGUACAAAUCUCUAUUUUAUGUAUUGAAAUGAGCUGAUGCUGUGGUUUGUGUUGGCUUUUUUGGUGUUGUCUGGAGUAUAAAGCCGGCAAGCAGAAAAAGCUGAAGUUAAACGAGGUACCUAUACAUUAGGUAGGGACUCCUUUCAUUGCUUUUGGAAUGUGAUCCACGCUUUUGGAAGUUGACAAAAAUCCAUCCUUUCUGUCUGCAUCGGUCUCUGUCUCCCGUUACUGUUGGUAAACUGUUCAUUUGGACAGAGUGAGGAAAUUCACAUUGUAUCGCCUAGUGCUAAAAUUACACUCCAGACCCAAACAAGGCUUUAUCAAAUAAAGCACUUUGACGACUCA